AUGUUUAAAAAGGUUUCAGUUGCCGUGUAAGUUAUUUCGAAUACGUCUCUUUAACUAUUUUUUUUAUUUUUUUGGCUUACAAAAAUAAAAAAUACUUACAAUAUAAGCUCGGCAUCUUCUUAUACUUUAUUUUUGCGUUUAGCAGUACAAAAAUAGCUAAAAAAAUUUAAAAAAUUGUUUGAACUUGAAUAAACACGUGAAUUUGAGCUCCUUAAAAACUUUUGAUUUUUUUAGUCUCGCCCUGUGCUUAAUUGUCCAGUCCUCCGCCCAAUCAAUAGUUGCCGGUCGAUACUAUGCAACAGCGCCAGUAGCAGCCGUAGCCCCAGCCGUGCCUAGUCCAAUUGCCGCACAUCCAGUCGGACCAGCUUUGGCUCCGCCAGCUGUACCAGUAGCUGCUCCUCCAGUUGGCCCACCUCCACCAGUUCCAGCCCCAGCCUUUGCUCCAGUGGCACCCGCAUUGUACCCAGCUAUUCCAGCAGCCGCGCCAGCUGUUCUACCAGCUGCUCCGGCUUAUGCUGCGCCAGCUUUUGCCCCUGGAUUUGGUUACGCUGGUUUUGGACCGUUUGGGUCAAACAAAGAAGCCCGCGCUCCAACAGAGAAUAAUUCUACUGAAGCUGAAGGUACAACUACAAGCACGACAUCUGCUCCAGCUCAGGAAUAA